GGUCCGCCCCGCGGGUUCGCGCCACCGCCCCUCAGGGCUCCUCCCGCCGCUGCCAUGUUCCGCGGCCGCCGCGCCUGGUUCUCGCAGAGCGUCAGCCGCGGCCCGCGGGAGCUGUGGGCGGCCGGUGGUGGGGCGCGUGCCCGCUGGCAGGACGCCGAGUACCUGUUCAGCAGUGACGCCGCACACCCGGACACCCGCAGAAUACACGAGAGCCUCGAUUACUUGGAGGGCAGAGCCACAGUCUUCCACUCCUCUUACCUCUCUGCAUGGGCCAACACCAGCGCUGGAGAGAAAACGUCGGUGGCUCUGGGCCACUUUGUCCUGCCACCCACCUGCCUGCAAGAAGAAAUCAGAAGGCAAAUCGGUUGUUUUAUUUGGGAGCAGACGGACGAUUCACUGGCAGAACAGCCCGACAGGAAUCUGACGGACAGACCCGAGGCGGCAGGAACAGGCAGGGAGGAGGAAGAGGAUGACCACAUGCUAGACCUGACCCAAAGCAGUGAAGAAGAAACAGACUCCACAGCACCUGAGGGGAAAUGUCCAUACCGUGCCUUGCACGAGUACCCGACGAAUAACAUGGUGACAGGCUACGCCUCCGCUCGGGACAUGAGGAAGUACAUCGGGGAGCUCCACGAUUUCAUUCCCGGCACCUCGGGCUACGCAGCGUAUUGGAUUAAACAAAAAAUCAGCAUUUUCACUGACGCGAAGACCCGAAUGAAGAAGAAAUUGUAAGUCACGGGCAGCUGUUCAAGUCAAGAACUCCAGUAAGAGCUGCAAGAGAGUUACUGCUUGUGUUUGGAAUGUCAUUCCCAUGGUUAAGCUGCAUGGAUGCCUCCUAGCUCGCUCCCUCCUGUGGAUUAAUGGUUAUUUCACCAUCAGUCUGUUCUCCCCAUGUUUCAGUUCAGUAGCAGAGAUUGGUGGUUCUGAGCUGUCCAGCUGCGAAUUCUGAGUUAAAGCUCCACAUCAUGCAGGAGGAUUUAUCAAUCAUCCUGCUUGGCUUAUCCUCCCUGCAGGCCGGCACGCUCAGGGUGUAUGGCAAUACCUAGCUUCAUUUACUGGCAACAGGUUGUUCUUUAAAUAACUGUUUAAGACAAAUUUCACAGUAAACUUAAAUACAGACAUUUCUCCCCCAAACACAAA